AUGUACAGCCAAAUACGGUUGAGCUCGGAUGAUACCCCACUGCACCGAAUAUUUUGGCGUUUUUCUCCAGUGGAACCAGUUGCUGUUUAUGAACUGAAAACGGUCACUUACGGCACUGCAUCUGCCCCAUUUCUAGCCACACGUGUUCUUAAGAAACUUGCUGAAGACGAAAAUGAAAACUAUCCGGCCGAUCCGGCAAAGGUCACCUGCGAAGAUUUCUAUGUCGACGACUUUUACUCGGGAGCAGAUACAAUUGAAAAGGCCGUAACAAUACGUCAGCAAAUAGAUGCUAUGUUUUCGUCGGCAGGAAUGAAACUACGGAAGUGGGCUAGCAAUGAAGCAGCCGCAUUGGAGGGUGUGUCUGAGGCUGACCUAGCAUUCCAAUCAUCGGUACAUUUGAAUAAAGAUCAGUCGAUUAAAACACUCGGUCUACACUGGGAGCCCAGCACUGAUAAAUUGAAAUAUGUCAUACGAGAGGAACAGCUUGACAUUCCCACCGCUGUAAUCAAACGAGCAACGCUGUCGCGUAUCGCUAAACUCUUUGAUCCAUUGGGUUUGGUUGGCCCAGCGGUACUGAUUGCGAACAUUUUUAUGCAGACGUUGUGGACGUUAAGAGAUGAAACUGGAAAACCGUGGGAAUGGGAUCGUGAGCUACCUCAGCUAAUGAUAGAACGUUGGAAUUCGUACCGCUCUCAGCUAUCUUCGUUGAAUGACCUACGGAUUGAUCGUUUCAUAUCAUGCUCAAACCCGAGCUCUUUGGAAUUGCACCUCUUUUCAAACGCAUCGCAAAUGGCCUACGGUUGCUGCUGUUACAUUCGGUCAGUGAACUCGUCGGGUGCAACGAAAGUUGCUCUACUGACGUCACGCUCAAAGGUGUCACCACUUGCGCAACAAACUAUACCACGAUUGGAGCUAUGUGCGGCACAAAUGGCAGCUGAAAUGUAUACAAAGGUACUAAGCGCACUGCGAUUCACAGGAAGCACAUUUUUCUGA